UUCACUUGCCGUUCCACGUCGCGUUCGUCCGUACUCGAUUUCCGCACGCCGCCAAACCAGACUCGACUCUUCGCGGUUAUAAAUAAUAAGCCCAUAAAACGGCCAAGUGAAGUGACCGAGAUAUGUUAAGCCUUCUGCCGGUGGUGUGGCUCCUUUGGGCCGGUACGCUGCCGGUGCAGCAGGCUACGGGCCAGAUUAUUCCACUGCCUACCUUCUGCCAGGGCGCCAGGGAGCCGUGCACCUGUGCCGCCGAGGCAAAUGUGGUGCGCUUUCACUGCCCGGAUGAGUACGCCAUGCUGCUGGAGGUCUCCGAGCCAGGAGCCUCACUGUACCUCAGCUACUACGCCGCCGGCGAGCUGCACUGGUUGCCACGCUUCAACAUCAGCGAACUGGUGAAGAUCGAGUUCGAUGCCUACUCCUUCUGGCCGGAAACGUUUUUAGAGGACUUGCUGCACACCAUGGGGGUGACAAAGGUGAAGACGGUCCUGUUUCGAGAUCGCACCGCAGAGACAGUGGUCACGCGGGACGUCCAUAAUGCGGCCGGCGGGUACCAGAACUCUGGUCGGCCCGGAAACAUCUCCACCUGGCACUUUGGAGCCCUGCCCGGUCUGAAGAAGUUCAAGUUCUACAGCGACGUAAAGGUGCUACAGGAGUCCAUUUUUCACGGAUUCGACAGCCUCACCGAAGUGCUGCUCAGAGUGGAGGUAUCGGAGCUACCUCAUCUCCUGCUCUCCACAGUGAGUGAGACCCUGGAAACCCUGACCAUCGAAAGUCCGGGCAUGGUAAAGUUCGGCUAUCCACUGCUCAGCGAACUUAAGCAGCUGCGGAACCUGAGUCUGCUCCUCACCGACCCACAACGCGGCCGGAACGAUCAGUUCCAGCCGCACUUCUUUGGGGCCAUGAAGCAGCUAGUGGAGGUGCGCCUGGCACGGGCCACGGGAGAGGUCAACCGGAGAAUGUUCAAGGGCACCGAGAAGCUGCAGCUCAUCAAGAUAAAUGGAAACGAGGACCUGCUGGAGCUACCGGGAGAGGUGUUCCGCGACCAGCUCAAUCUGCAGACCCUCGACCUGUCGUGCAACGCCCUCAGCCACUUGCACGAUGACGCCUUCCUGGGCCUGGGCAAUCUCACUCUUUUGGAUCUCUCCAAAAAUAAACUGACUGACUUAUCAAGCACAAUUUUCGCAGCGCUGGCUUCGCUGAAUGUAUUGCGGCUCAACAAGAACUCCCUGACGGCAAUGUCGCCCAACGUCUUCCGGGACGUGCCCAGUCUGAACUACAUCGAGAUGGUGAACACCCAGUUCUACGGGGCCACUCUCCUUAUGAGCUACGAGGCGGUGGUCUGCACCAACGACGAGACAUGCCAGUACAAGUCGGCGGAGUGGCAGUGCGACCCUCGCUGCAUCUGCUGGGUGCAGCGGAACGUGAAAAACCUGAUCGUGGACUGCCGGGGCACCAGCAUCGAGGAGCUCCCGGUCCUGCCGCGCACCACGUUGGUCAGCACAGUGGUCAAGGUGGGAAACAACAGCCUUAACCGGCUGCCCACUGUCGGGGAGCACAGGGGCUACGCGAAUGUGAGUGGCCUCUUUCUCUCGGACAACCAGCUGACCAGUCUGGGAUCUGGUGCCCAGCUCCCCGACAACCUCACCCAUCUGGACGUGCGUCGCAACCUAAUCAACGAAGUCAGCGAGGAGUUCGUGGAGUUCCUGCAGCAGGCAAACAACACCAUGACGUUGUCGCUCUCGGGGAACCCCAUCUCCUGUGACUGCGCCGCCCUGCCUCUCCUGUUUUUUGUGCGGACCAAUCCCCAACGGGUGAUUGACAUCGCGGAUGUGAUGUGCACGAAGCAGAAGAAGGCUCUCCAGCGCAUGGAGGCCUUCGAGCUGUGUCCCUCGUACGUCCUGCUCAUCAGCUGCGUGAUCGGCGGCCUGGUGAUCAUUGGGUGCCUGCUGACGGUGUUCUACCUGAUGUUCCAGCAGGAGCUGAAGAUCUGGAUGUACAACAACAACCUGUGCCUGUGGUGGGUGUCAGAGGAGGAACUGGACAAGGACAAGACCUACGACGCCUUCAUCUCGUACUCGCACAAGGACGAGGAGCUGAUCAGUAAGCUCCUACCGAAGCUGGAGAGCGGUCCGCACCCAUUCCGCCUCUGCCUGCACGACCGCGACUGGCUGGUGGGCGACUGCAUUCCGGAGCAGAUUGUCCGCACCGUGGACGACUCGAAGCGUGUGAUCAUUGUGCUGUCGCAGCACUUCAUCGACUCGGUGUGGGCCCGCAUGGAGUUUCGCAUCGCCUACCAGGCCACGUUGCAGGACAAGCGCAAGCGCAUCAUUAUUAUCCUCUACCGCGAACUGGAGCACAUGAACGGCAUAGACAGUGAGCUGCGGGCGUACCUCAAGCUGAACACCUACCUCAAAUGGGGCGAUCCGCUCUUCUGGAGCAAGCUGUGCUAUGCAAUGCCCCACAAUCGGAGGGUGCUUAAGGGCCAGAAGAAGCACGCCGGUCCCCUCAUCUGAGCCACAUGCCUAUGCAGGUAUUCGGAAUUAUACUCAAGACUAGCCCCAUUCGGUUUUUUAGGUGCACUCCUGUGGAACUCCUGAAAAAUGUAUUGCCAUUGCUUACUAAAUGAGCCGUUGUCCUUGCAGGGUAUGAUAAUUUUGAUUUGAAAUGCUACCGCAUUACGCGAGAAAUUUUUGAUCGUAUGAAGAAUGUUCUUGAGCCUUGAACAUGGCCAGGAGUUUCGAAGUAGACCUUACCGUCUAUCCGUCUGCUUCUUAAGGACUUACUUAAUCGAGUUAAGGUUUGGAAAUCUCCCGAAUGGGUCCUUUCGGUCAAUAAAGCUGGCAUAGGCUUGAUAGGGUGGUUGGUUUGCUAAUUCAUCAAUAUGCAUCCUUUACGUUGGAAUUGUCAAGGUAGUCAGUAAAGGUUGCCAGUGUUUAGUCCUUACUAUGUGAUUUUUAAUUGCCUAUUUAUUUAAAAAAUAAACCACAUGAUAUUUAUAUUAAUUAAAAUACUUUUUGCUUAUAAUGUAGUUUUGUAUCAUAAUAUUACAAUAAAAUAAGAUAAUAAGAUCAUUUUAAAUGAAACUAUAAAUUGUUGCUUGCAAUUUUUUACCGAAUCAAUAAUAUGUAUUAGUUAAAGCAGCCGCAUUGUACAUUAUUAAGAAGUUGCUAUUUAUAUCGUAAGAAGUUUGUGUUAGAAACAAAACUUAAAGACAAGAAAGAAACAUCAUCUUCAGUUUAGAAGAUAAAUUAUUCAAAUCGAAAUGAUAUGAAUAUGAAAUGCUUACAUAUAAAGAUCCCUAAACAAACCCAAGUCUAAUACAAUGUGUUUAAUAAGAUUUAA